AUGAACUACAGCAGAACAGAGAGAAGGAAAUCCAUGGCCGAGCGGAGGCCAAGUACUACAUACACACCUCCAGUUAUUCCGCACUUGGCGGGGUUGGAGAAACCACAAGACCAGUUCCUCAAAAUUGAUCAGUGCGACGUUUUGGUGGUUGGAACUGGGCUUCAGGAAAGUAUCUUGGCAGCUGCAUUAUCAUGGCAAGGUACUCAAGUGCUCCAUAUUGACAACAAACCAUACUAUGGUGAUUCGAGCUCAACCAUGACCAUUGAGCAGUUGAAGAAAUGGUGUGCUGACGUCAAUCAGGGAAAAAUUCCCCAUUUUCAGGAUGCGCAGAUUUAUAUACCAGGAGGUAAAUUGAGUAAUCAGUUCAACUCUAGAGAUUAUGGUAUCGAUUUAACACCAAAGAUCAUGUUUUGCCAAUCAGAUUUGUUGACAUUGUUGGUCAAAUCACGUGUUUACCGUUACCUAGAGUUUCAAUCAUUAUCCAACUUUCAUGUAUUUGAAAAUGACGACUUUCAACAGAAAGUCAAUGCAACAACAAAGCAGGACAUAUUCACCGACAAAUCGUUAUCGCUCAUAACGAAAAGAUAUUUGAUGAAGUUUUUGAAAUUUAUCUUGUUGGACUCUGAUUACAAGCAAAGGGUAAAGCCGUACGCAAAUGAACCUAUUCAGAAGUUUUUAAAGGAGGAGUUCAAACUUGAAGAUCCUCAAAUCAAUGAGUUGGUUUUUUCCAUUGGGUUGAGUUACAAGGAAGAUAUCAAUACAAAAGAGGCACUUAUCAAAAUCAAAAGAUUCUUGUCGUCGUUUGAUGUCUAUGGUAAAUUCCCAUGCAUGGUUUCCAAAUAUGGAGGUCCAGGCGAAUUGGCUCAAGGAUUUUGCCGUAGUGCAGCAGUUGCAGGUACAACUUACAAACUAAACACAAGCUUAGUUGAUUUUGACCCGAUGUCCAGGAUCGCUCAUUUUGAUGAUGGUUCUCAUAUCAAAAUUAAUGAGAAGGUUAUCAUUUCGCCCACUCAAUUGCCCAAGUUUCUUCAAUCGAGCUAUAAUCAAGUAACUGAGGGUUUACAACCACACUAUGUUACCAGAUUAAUCACUGUUGUGCGCCGCGAUUGCAACGAAUGGAUAUCACACAAUGAAUCACUGGCUAUUGUGGUUUUCCCACCUCAUUCUUUACCCACAGAGAAUGAAUACUCAGUUCAAGUUAUGAUACAAAAUGGAAGUUCUGGAGUUUGUCCUGAGGGUCAAUCCAUCUGGUUCAGUCAAACAGUUGAACAGGACUUGAGUCGUGCCAAAAGGGAUUUGGAGUCUGCUUACACCAAGAUGGAGUCGUCCUUGCUAAGAGAAUCUUCAAAUGAUAUUGACGAGAUCCUAGAUGAAACUGAUUUUGUUGUCAACCAAGAGGGAACUCCAGUCUUGGCAAAUUCGUUCAAGUUGGGAUCUCAUUUGCAAAAUUUCCUUCCUCAAGAGAAGUUGGAAGUAGUUUGCAAAGUAGGGUACGUUGAAAAGACUUUCAUUGCAAAUGACUUGUCAAACAUAUUCAAACCAAGUAAGGAAAACAAUAUUGUGUAUAGAGACACACCCGACGCUCAAGAUCAAAUAUUUUUCACCAACACUCCAAGCGCCGAAUUAUCAUACGACGGAGUUAUAACAGACGUCAAGUCAAUAUAUCAAAGGGUAACUGGAACCACUGAUGAUUUCUUUGAUGUUGAUUUUGAAGACGAGGAAGAUGAAUACGAUAGGAAUAACCAACCGGUGAUACCACCUAAAAGGUCGUCUGUUAUAGGAGGUAUUGUCGGUGGCGGGUCUGGAACUAGCUUGGCUGCCUUACGUGAACAACACGAUGAAGGUAUAAGUGAUAAUGCGAUUGACAGUGACGAAGACAUGGACGACAGCCAUGCUCCAUUUGGCGCAGAAGAAAUGGAAUUGUAA